CGAAUAACAUUAUUUGUAUUUGCAUUUGCGUAUUUAGUACUUAUUAUUAUAAAACAACGACGCAAUACAUGUCGCUGAAAAUAAAAAGGAUACAAAGUAGAAACAGUAUGAUGAUUUUUUGACAAUUAUUACCACGCGCACGUUGGACUUGCAAAAAAAAGGACUGCGGAGCGAAGAGAUCAAGUGACUUAACCCGGAACUGCGCAGCAUCUAGAUUUUUAGCAUCGAGAUUGCUUGGUGGGGACUGACAGUAGCAUACAGUAUGUCUAGAUUAUGUCUAUUACUUAUUUUUCCUGUUCUUUUUGAUUUGACCUUUACUAUUACGUUCUAUCUACCGGUAAAUCUUAUAAAAUGUUUGCGGGAAGAGAUCCACAAAGACGUGCUGGUCACAGGCGAAUACGAAGUUAGCGAACAACCAAAUGCGAAAACCAAUCUCAAGAUUACAGAUUCAUCAGGUCACAUCUUGUACUCCAAGGAGGAUGCUUCAAAGGGGAAGUUUGCCUUUACAACAGAGGACUAUGAUAUGUUUGAGGUUUGCUUCGAAAGCAAAUCCCCCCUAGGUACUGGGAGGGUCCCAGACCAGCUGGUCAAUUUAGACAUGAAGCAUGGUGUGGAGGCAAAGAAUUACGAAGAGAUUUCAAAAGUUGAGAAGCUGAAGCCCCUAGAAGUUGAACUAAGACGCCUCGAGGACUUGUCGGAGUCCAUUGUGAAUGACUUUGCCUACAUGAAGAAGCGUGAAGAGGAAAUGAGUGACACAAAUGAAUCCACCAACAUGCGCGUCCUGUACUUCAGUAUCUUCUCUAUGUGCUGUCUUAUUGGGCUGGCAACGUGGCAGGUCUUCUACCUGCGGCGUUUCUUCAAGGCGAAGAAACUGAUUGAGUAAAGUCAUCUACGAAACGGGGACCAUGUUUAGGAUGUUUGGAAAUGGUGUGCAAUUUGUGAAACUAGCCUCAUCUCAGGCACUCUUUGUUUUGAUUAUAAAUACAACAGAACAUACAUACAUAGGUUUGAGAUUUACUCAUGCAAUAUUGUUACUAUUUUCAUGUUGUAGUAAAUCUACUAAAACUGUAUGAAAAGAAACGCACUACAUUUUUAGUGAGUGCACAAAGCCUUCGUCACACAUUCAGCUAUUGUUAUGUGAAAAUAAAAUGUCCCCAGUAUGUCAGGUACAUGGUUGUGUUUUUGAUUAAAAAGGCUUUCACUCUGUUCUCA